AUGCAACACGUUCUAAAUCCUCAUGCAAGCCGUGCAAACGGGGUCCCCGCCACCUUUGACUUCACCGUGUGGGUGGUGGGUGGCCUGAAGAAGAGAGAGACUGAGGUGUAUGUGGGCAAUCUUCCACUGGAUGUGUCUGAGGAAGAAAUUCUCUACCUUCUAAAGGAUUACAAUCCUCUCCACGUCUGCAGAAUCCAGAGUGGCUGCAAAUGCUUUGCAUUUGUAGAUUUGGGCUCUGUGGAGAAGGUGGCGCUUGCGAUCCAGGAGCUGAAUGGUAAGCUCUUCCACAGGAGAAAAUUGUUCGUGAAUAUAAACAAAAGUCUCCCCAAGAGGACCCCCAGUGUGGCCAAGUGGCCCCAGGAGCUCUCGGCUUUGGAGAAGUCUUCUGGUGAAGAGAUUGCCCAGACUGCUGCUUGUACACAGCUCACUCCUAAGGCGUCUGUUGACCCUUGUGAGACAGAGAAACUGAGGGCAGCCUUUGAAGUUCCUAUGGAAAUGAGAGGAUCUUUCCUGGUGCUGCUCCUGAGGGAAUGCUUCCAAGAUCUGAGCUGGCUGGCCCUCAUCCACAGCAUCCAAGGGGAGGCAGGGCUGUUGGUGACCAGUACUGUUCCUCAGACCCCAUUUUUCUGGGCCAUGCACAUCACUGAGACGCUGCACCAAAAUAUGCAGACACUAUUCAGCACCCUGGCUGAGGCAGAGGAACAGCAACCCUUUCUGGAUGAGUCGGCUGUGCAGCGAGGGGCUCGUGGUCUAGCAGAGCACCACCUGGGUGACUAUGGCUCUGCCUGGAACAGGUGCUGGGUAGUAGACAGGGUAGACUCCUGGGCUGUGGUCAUGUUCAUUGAUUUUGGCCAGUCAGCUACCAUCCCUGUGCAAUCCCUGCGCAGCCUGGACAGUGAUGACUUCUGGACCAUCCCACCUCUGACUCAGCCGUUCAUGCUGGAGAAAGACAUUUUCAAUUCACAUCAGGGUGUUCAUCGAAUCCUCAAAGGGAAAAUCACUGGUGCUUUGAAUUCUGAGGUGCAUAUCCUCAAGUUUGAAGAGUUUAAAUAA